AUGGCAUCCAAUCUCGAUUUUGCCGAGGAUAUCGAGGAAGCCAAAGUAUACAUGGCAAAGAAAAAUGUUUUCCAAUUGUUCGAGGUGAGGAAUAUCUUCCAUUCGUCUUGUUUUUAGAGGGGAGAUUUGUUGAUCGUUCGCUGAAAGAAUGUAAAUGACAUCGGAUCACUCGAGUUCUUAUCUGAAACAAGAGAGGCGUUUUUUCAGUCAACAUCCAACAGGAAAUCUGUUCACUUUGGGACAGUACCACUACACAUAUAGAAAAUCAUUCCUUAGUUCUAUCUGAAACAUUUUCGCUUUAAGCUGUUUGGCUAAACAAUUACUUGCGAUGUUAAUUAAUUCAGUUUCGUAGUUACACGGACAUCAUAAUUGCACGAUUGCGACAAUAAGAAAACCAAGAACUAACAUGAUCCUAUGCAGAUCAAAAUCAUAUUUAAAACUUAUUUUCUUUCGAACCUCUCCCAUAUGUAUUAAAGCUUUCCCUCAGGAGUAAAAUGGCUCAUAAUUCUGUCAUAUACCGACAUAGUUUCACAUUUCGAGGUCACCAAGGUAUUCCCGGUAAACCAAUCAGGAUGACAACAAAACACAUCACGUUAUGAUUUUUUGACGACUGGUGGUUUUACCCUUCAGUUUCAUAGUUUAAAUCAUGCAAUGGCAAUGUCCUUUCUCUUGGAUAUCAUUAUUUAAUGUGGGGUAUUUGUAAAAUGACACAGCGAUAGAAUUAAGUAACUGUGCGCAAUGUCCUUGGUUACGUAUUCAAUGAUUUGAUAUAUACCGUAUUUAUUCGAUUAAAUGCAGCGGCGUUUAUUACAUUUUUCAUGAUUCGAGUGCGACGUUUACUAAAAAACCAAUUAUUAUUUGUAAACAAUACUAAGGUAGCUGAUCAUUUUAAUUAAAAAAAAAACACCGAAACAUGUUUUAGUGCUUCUCUGAAAAGUCAUUUGUUAUAUUGUUCUCAAUUUCACAAUUUGCAUGUUUGUAUUACUGCAAUACAUAAAGUGAAUAAACAUUUUAAGUCGGAUAUGCUUUCUCGACAUCAGAACUGGUACAUUCAAAAGGAUUUGUGCCUGGUUCACUCAAAAUUUCCAACUGCAAUCGAAGCAAUGAUCACCAUGUGCUUUUUGAGUCUAUUAUUCGAAUAAACACCGCAUGAUGAUGCGGCGUUUAUUCGAGGGCGGCGUUUAAUCGAAUAAAUACGGUAAAUAAGAUUUGCUCGUGACCAAAAGAAAACAAGGAGUUUUAACGCAAUUUGCAUAUGUUUGACUAGACUCAAUUUUUUGGCCACUUAUAUCCAGUGUUAGUGGAUAUAAAGUCCAAACUUUAAAAGAAGAAAAGGCUUGACAAAGUAACCGAUUUGUAUUAUCAGGAAGGCGGGGGGACAUAUUGGUUAUAUUCAGUUUGAUCUUGACAUACCAACUGAUGAUGUCAACAAAGCUUCUGACUGAUGAUUCCUAGCUCCUUAGGAAAUAUUUCAAACCUUGUCAGUCACUAUGUACCCUAUUUUGAGUUUCCUUACGAUUUUUAACUGCUGAUAGGUGAUAAAGAUGAAAAUUCAAUAUUCGCUGAUAUAAAUGGCCUUAUUACGUUAUAUAAAACAAACAUUUUGGUACACUGCUCGAGUUAGUGUCCUCAAAGGAUUCUCUUCCCAACUGACCCAAUCCUGCCAAUCCGUAAUCUUAAAAGCUUCGAAAGGCUGCGGUUGCCCGGGAUCUGGGGUACAUGCAACACAGGUGAGGAGUGCUCUAGAGGACUCCCUUCUCAUGUUUUAUAAACCCCAUACAUCCCUGUCAAUGAUAAAAAAACAACUUGAACAAUGUUCAAUUAUUUGUCUCAGAAAAUUUAGCUUUUUGUCUUCCCCCUUCGAUGUUGCCGUGGGGGAAGGGAGGGGGGAUGGAAAUAACCUGUGUAGCUGGCCGUCGUUAGAUCGAGUGCGCUGGAAACGAGCGGCGAAAUCUCCUGAGGUUUUAAACGUUAAAACAGGAGAAACCGCUCGAAGCUCAGCCGUUCGCUUUGGCCGCACCGCAGCCUUCAUUUCCAUCGAGGACUCGUAAAAACAGUUAGCUAACCCGACCAAGUGCCAAGUGCAAGUGGGUAACUGGUGACGACCUAACAUCCUCUUUACAUCCCUCCCAUAGUUGCUUCAUGUGAUAAGUCCCGGAUUAGGGUCCCGGGGAUGGACUUAACUUUAACUAUCUUCCACCUGUGGAACAAGGGGCAUAUACAGACGGCAAAUAAUGCUGAAACACCGAGAAAAAUAUAAUAGCCAUACAGUAAGAUUCCCUUGAGCUGGUACGCUUUUAACCAAGAAUCUAUGGGGGAUGACGUUUGAUGUAAAUUUUCUCGUUUCAGAGCCUUUUGACCGCAGUUGUUCACAAUCGACCCGAAAACCCGGUAGAGUUUCUUCAGGAAUGCUUAGCAAUUGCCAAACAAAACAAAGACCUCAGAUGGAAUUCAUUUCUUGAAGUGCAGAGCAGAACCAAUAAGAGCUCACAGACAAUAGAACAGUUUGAUAAGGUGUUUGAUACAGAAGUUGAAACGAAGUCUAGUGGCUGA